CUUGCAAAAUUGAUGACAACUGUAAGACAACCCUAAUUUGUGCUAAAGGUCAAUGUGCAGAGUCGGAUAAACGAUCUUUCAAUGCUUCGUGCCUUAUUGAUAAAGCAUACGCAGGCGAAUUUUGUAGGAUUUUUACUGAUAGUCGGCAAGGAUGUACUUGUACCACAGGAGAACAGUCGCGUGCAAGUGGCCGUUGUGGUUUUACUUCUAGAAAAAGAAUAUGUGCCCAGAAUAGUGGAGGACAAUGCAAUAAUGAUACUGAUUACCUUUGCGAAACUAAUAGUGCAUGUGGUCCAAAUAGUUGUAAUCAUUAUUCAGUAAAAUGCACCCUGGACAAUGGGAAAAAAUACGAAGACGAUAACGAUUGUGAAUCUUCAGUUUGCGAUCAAAAAAUUCAUGUGUGUCAAGAUAAGGAUGAUC